AAAUCGUUGGUGUUGGCUCUCAAUUUGCAUGAAUUAAUCUUAUAGCAAAACUCCAUCUUCUCCCAAAUUAAAGAUUUAUAAUCAUGAUAAGUGCACAAAUUUGCAGAGCUUUGAUACUGGCUCUUGGCUACCUCUUUCCUGCCUACAAAUGCUUCAAGUCUGUGAAAGUGAACAAGCCUGAACCGGAGCAGCUGCGUUCCUGGUGCCAGUAUUGGAUUUUAGUAGCAUUUCUGACAGUUUCAGGAGCAUUCACAGAUGCAUUCUUCUCAUGGUUUCCAUUUUACCAUGAAGCAAAGCUGUUUGCCUUUCUCUUUCUGUGGUAUCCCCAAACAAAGGGAGCAACAUUCAUUUACAAGGCCUAUGUCGGACCUUACCUCACCGAGCAUGAAUCGGAGAUCGAUCGAGCUUUGUUUGAGUCGAGAGCAAGGGCGGUAGAUGCUGCAUUGUUGGCUCGGAAGAUGGUUGCUAGCUACUUGCAGACUAUGAGGUCUAACCGGCUGGUAUGAAAUAUGUUAAGAAAGAAGAAGACAAUUUGGAUGUUUAUCUUUGUUGUUGUAAGAAUAAUUGAAUUGAUUACCAAAGAUAUAAAGAAAAUUUAAAUGAACAA